UAAUGCAAUAAACAACAUCUAUAAGUAAAAGGAUUGCUACUUUAUUUCAUAAUGUAUAAAUGACAUACAUAUAUUAAUACAGAUAAAGGGAAUAUAUAAGAAAGAUUCUUCAGCAAUAUAAGUGGAGGGAUAGAAAGAAUUCUAAGAAUAUGUCGAUUAUUUAUUAGAAAGAGGUAUGAGAAUUAAUAAUUUGCGAAUGGCUUAAUUUAAAACAAGAAACAAUUUACCUUAUUUAGGAUUACAAAGUAAAUUUCAAAUAACAAUUUUGAUUAGCUAUUGAAAAAAUUGAAAGUGAUUCAAUUCUUGUAUCAGUGCCAAGAGAAUUAAUGUUAACCACAAAAAUUGCAUAUUUUUCUGAAAUUCAAGAAAUUUUUGAUGCUUAUCCUUAAUUUUUUAGUCAGCAUUGUGCAGGAGGAUGGCAAGAUAGAAUCCUACUCACAUAUAUUUUAUAUCAAUCAUAAUUAGGGAAGUAUUAAUUUUUCAAUAUAUAAUUAGAUAAUCAUAAUGGUAUCAUUUAAUAUCUAAUUUACCAAGAGAUAUAGACUACUUGAUAUUUUGGUCAGAUGAGGAAUUAAAAUUAUUGAAUGAUGAAAAACUCGUUUUGAAAGCCAAGAAAGAAUUACAAGAUUUCUUAUUAAUAUAAAAAACAUUAACGCAUAUUUUAGACUAAUUUCCUUAACAUUUCAAAAAGGAAACAUAUAGUUAUGAAAAUAUCAAGUGGAUAUUUAUACAUUUGGUAAGUAGAUGUUUUGGAUCCACAUUAGAACAAGUAGCGUUUGUUCCAUUUUGUGAAAUGUUUAAUCAUGAGAAUACAGAUGUGAGAUACAAAGGUUUAUAUUUAGAAAAUAACAUAAAUAAACCAAAAGAUGAUAAAGAAUCAGAUACUAAUGAAUCAGAUGAGUCAGAUGGAGAUAGUGAUUCAUAUGAAUAAGAAGAUUAUUAAUAUCCAAUUGAAAUUUAGGAGCAAAUAAAAAAUUAUAAAUAGAAGACCCCAACUUAUAAACUAAUUGAGUAAGAGUUAAAUUUGUAUUAAAAUUAAGUGGACUUUUAGGAUCCUGAAGCAAUUCAAAAAUUAAGAGUUUAUUAAGAGAAAUGCAAUAAUAGAAUUGAUUUGUAAAUUCAAUAUUUGAAGAAUAAAAGAUGGUUUUAGGAGAACUUAAAUUUAAGAGACAAUUUUACCAUCAUAUUUGUUUCAAAGACAUUAGAAUAUAUUCAGGAAUAAAUUAAAUUAUAUGAAAAUGAUACUUUAUCUUAUGAUUAGGUGUCAGAAAUCAUAUAAAAUGUAACUUAGAAUUCAGAACUAUAUUUAGAAAAUGCUAAAUAAUAUGCUCUUUAAAAACUCAAAGUAAAAAAUUAUUAACUAAAAUAAUUUGAAAUUCCAGAACAAUCAUAAGCAAUUGAAACAGUUGAAGAGAUGUUGGAGGUUAGUAUUCCUGAAAAUGUUAAACCAUUUGAAGCUAAGGCAGAUUGGAAGGAGGAUUAGUUUGAUAAUUUUGUUAUAAAAUGUUCGAGUAAAGAUGAAUUUGAGAAAGGUGCUUAAGCAUAUUUUUCAUAUGGAACAAUAUCUAAUAGAUCUUUAUUAUUAAGAUAUGGUUUUACUCUAGAAUACAAUAUAUACGAUUAUGUGGAAGUGAAAUCAUAAUAUAUUUAUCACAUACCAUUUGCAAGUGAUAUUGCAGAAGUAACAAUACAUAAUAUAUUCAUUUAGUAUUUCUAAUUGUCUAAGUAUAUGAAAUUCAAAAUCAGAUAUACAAGAAUCAAUGAUGAUUUGUUGAUGUAUUUUAAAAUGUUAAAUUGGUAAUAUGAUCAAGGCAUAUCAUAUUUAUUUGAUGAUAUUUAUGAUAGUGCAAUUAUCAAUUAAGCUUAUAAUUUAAUUAAGACAUAUCAUUCAGAGCAUUUUAAAGAAACACUAAAAAUUUAAACAGAAAAACUUACAGAUCCAAAUAUAAACUAUCAUGAUUAUUUUGCAUUAAUUUAUUAAAUAGAAAAAUAAAGAAUAAUUGAAGCUUAGUUGGAGGCACUUUAAAUGUUGAAAUGUAAGAUAGAAAAAAAGGAGUAUGGUGAUUAAUAGUUUGAAUGGAGUUCAUAUUUAGUAGAGAGAUUCAAAAAUUGA